AUGGGUUUUGGAAUAUUUGAGGAGGAGAUAAUAAGAUUAGGAGUUUGGGGAAAUUUGGAAGCUUUAAUUCAAAUUCUACAAUUUUAUUUUGGAAUUAGUGGGAAUACACGCGCAUACACAUACGAGUACAAUUUUGUGUCGUUGGGAGGUUGGCGGGCGCCUAUCAUUGUUGAUAAUUUUUUUCCACUUUGUGAUUGUAUCCUCAAUUCUCAAGGCAACGAUGCCACAGCGAGUCGAUUUGGGUCGAAAGCGGAACGAAUCGUUGCUGACUCGAUGGGUGAGCUCAGUUUUCACCUUCGUCCGAUUCGCCGAGUUCGAGAUCCUCUUCGUCCUCUUCUUCCUCAUCGCGUUUCUCAUCUUCAAAGAUCUGACAUCAAGACCGGAAUACAAUCAGAUCCUUGUAAAGAAGCCUGGUGGACCUGAGUGGUGGCCUUACUAGUAAGCGAGGUAGAGAUUCGCAGAGAUAUUCCUUUAUCAAGAUCUUCACUGUGCUGUUACUUUCUGUAUGACAAUAAUUUUUUCACUGGUUGGCCUUCUUUUCAGUUCGUGAAAUUAGAGAAUGAUGGUAUGGACCAUUUCUAAAAUUUGAAUGAAAAAGAUCCUUUGCUUUGUUGCUAA